AUGAGGGGUAGCAGAGGGGCCUCUGCCUUCAGGGUUUUGCCCCCGACCUACUCGUUCCACCCAGAUGGACGCCCUGAGCCGGGGAGGAGGCGCGCCCCUGGUGGAGACGCUAUGGUUGCUGCAUCCGCAGGAGCCCAGGCGGAAGAGAUGCUAAAGGGAGCGGAGACACACUGGCUGGCUAGAGAGGCCUGGGAGGGCUUGUCUGUCUCCAAAGCUUCUGCUGGUCUUGCUACACCACUGACACAGGAGUCCAUGUCUCCAGCAGCCUCCCAGCUGGCUGUCUCCUCCCAGCCAGCUAGAAUGGGGUUGGCGGGGGUGGCCACUAGCUGCCUUGGUGGCCCAUCAGGAGCACAGUUGUAUGAAGCAUGG